CCUUCCCCCCCGGGCUAGCGAGCGGUGACUUAAGCAACGGAGCGCAGCGAAGCCCAUUUUUUUUUUCCUCCUCGCUCGCAGCCGCGCCGGGCAGCUCGUGGCGCGCGCGGCGCCUCCGCUCCGGCCCGAGAUGAAUGCUGCGACAGAAGCCGAGUUCAACAUCCUGCUGGCCACCGACUCGUACAAGGUUACUCACUAUAAACAAUACCCUCCCAACACAAGCAAAGUUUAUUCCUACUUUGAAUGCCGUGAAAAGAAGAUAGAAAACUCCAAAGUAAGGAAGGUGAAAUACGAGGAAACAGUAUUUUAUGGGUUGCAGUACAUUCUUAAUAAGUACUUAAAAGGUAAGGUCGUGACCAAAGAGAAAAUCCAGGAGGCCAAAGAAGUGUACAAAGAGCAUUUCCAAGAUGAUGUCUUCAAUGAAAGAGGAUGGAACUACAUUCUUGAGAAAUAUGAUGGUCAUCUCCCAAUUGAAGUCAAGGCUGUUCCCGAGGGCUCUGUCGUCCCCAGAGGGAACGUGCUGUUCACCGUGGAGAACACAGACCCUGAGUGCUACUGGCUCACCAACUGGAUUGAGACUAUUCUUGUUCAGUCCUGGUAUCCAAUUACAGUGGCCACAAAUUCAAGAGAGCAGAAGAAAAUACUGGCCAAAUACUUGUUAGAAACGUCUGGUAACUUAGACGGUCUGGAGUACAAGCUGCAUGAUUUCGGUUACAGAGGAGUCUCUUCUCAAGAGACUGCUGGCAUAGGAGCUUCUGCUCAUUUGGUCAACUUCAAAGGAACAGAUACAGUGGCGGGAAUUGCUCUAAUUAAAAAAUACUAUGGAACAAAAGAUCCUGUUCCAGGCUAUUCUGUUCCAGCGGCAGAGCACAGCACCAUAACUGCGUGGGGGAAAGAGCAUGAGAAAGAUGCUUUUGAACACAUAGUGACACAGUUCUCAUCAGUGCCUGUGUCUGUGGUCAGCGACAGCUAUGACAUCUAUAACGCUUGUGAGAAAAUAUGGGGUGAAGACCUCAGACAUUUAAUAGUGUCGAGAAGUACAGAGGCGCCACUCAUCAUCAGGCCUGAUUCCGGAAACCCGCUCGACACUGUGCUGAAGGUCUUAGAUAUUUUAGGUAAGAAGUUUCCUGUCACUGAGAACUCAAAGGGCUACAAGCUGCUGCCACCGUACCUGAGAGUCAUUCAGGGAGAUGGCGUGGAUAUCAACACUUUGCAAGAGAUCGUAGAGGGAAUGAAACAAAAAAAGUGGAGUAUUGAAAAUGUCUCCUUUGGUUCUGGCGGAGCUUUGCUACAGAAAUUAACAAGAGACCUCUUGAACUGCUCCUUCAAGUGCAGCUAUGUUGUAACCAACGGCCUUGGGGUUAAUGUCUUUAAGGACCCAGUUGCUGACCCCAACAAAAGGUCGAAAAAGGGCCGACUAUCUUUACACAGGACACCAGCAGGGAACUUCGUCACGCUUGAAGAAGGAAAAGGAGACCUUGAGGAAUAUGGCCAUGAUCUUCUCCACACGGUUUUCAAGAAUGGAAAGGUGACAAAAAGCUACUCGUUUGAUGAAGUCAGGAAAAACGCACAGCUGAAUCUCGAGCAGGACGUGGUGCCUCAUUAGGCCUGGUGUUGUUUGUGCAGUGUGUGUACAUACAUGCGCUAUGUGUGUGCUUGUAUGUAUGUAAUAACAUGUUCAUUGUACAGAUGUGUGGGUUUGUGUUUAUGACAUACUACAGCCAGAUUAUUUGUUGGUUUAUGGACAUACUGCCCUUUUUCCCCUCCAUGUUUAGAUGAUCUCAAAUUAGGAAACACAUAUAACCAUGUACAAGAUUAAUGCUGAAGUAAGCUUUUUAGGGCCCUUUGCUGAUAGAUAGUAACUCGGUCUGUGUUGGCCUUUUCACAAAUCACAGAACCAAGAAACUUUUAUAUAUAACUGCAGAUCACAUCAAACAGAUUUGCAUAAAUUACCAUGACUGCUUUAUGUUUAUAUUUAACUUGUAUUUUUGUACAAAUGAGAUUGUGUAAGAUAUAUUUAAAGUUUCAGUGAUUUAACAGUCUGUUUCCAACUUUUCAUGAUUUUUAUGAGCACAGACUUUCAAGAAAAUACUUGAAAAUAAAUUACAUUGCCUUUUGUCCAUUAAUCAGCAAAUAAAACAUGGCCUUAACAAAGUGGUUUGUGUUAUUGUACAUUUGGAAAUUAUGUCAGGACAUAUUCCCAACAGAAUUACUAACCUCACUGCCCUUGUAGAAUAUGCAUUAGUCAUUCUACAUUGAAGAGAAUUAUGGUUCUUACUCGAAUGUCUAGGCAUUGUACAGUCCCAUACCUUGGUCACUGUAUUGUACCAGUGAAAUGCCAAAUUCGAAAGGCCUGUUCUGCAAUUUUAUAUGUCAGAUAUUGCCUGUGGCUCUAAUAUGCACCUCAAGAUUUUAAGAAGAUAAUGUUUUUAGAGAGAAUUUCUGCUUCCACUAUAGAAUAUAUAAAUGUAAAAUAUUGAAAGUGGAAGUAGUGAAUUUAUUUUUCAUAUUCUAUAGUUGGUAUGACUUAAAUAAAUUGCUGGAGUGGGUAGUAGUGAGUGUACUUAUUUUAAAUGUUUUGAUUCUGUUAUUUUCAUUAAGUUUUUAAAAAAUUAAAUUGGAUAUUAAACUGUAUGGACAUCAUUUAUUAAUUUUAAAUUAAAUCCUCAGUAACUAAUACUUAAGCAAGUUCUUGAUGUUAUCCCGAAUGGAAAGCGUGAUUCUUCAUAGAAGAAUCUUCCUUAACCAGAGAUGUAGCUAAAGUUAAAAUAGCCAGGUCACAAUAUUGCUAGUGAUUUACUGCUAGACCCUGAUUCGGCCCCUGCAAAAGGACACUGGCUUCUUCGGGGUGACGCCUGGGCCCCACAGGCCAGCUUGGCUCCUUUUUGACUACGUCCUGUCCAAGGCUGCCUCCCACUUCAUGGUGGAGUAGUGACAAGAGAGACCACACAGCCCACGAGUCUGGAGUGUUCACGCCCUGUUUACUAAACACAAACAGAAAGCUCGCUAGCCUGUGUUCUAAGAAAAGGAGCAUGCCUUUGCAUUUUAAGAGAGAUGUUGGUUUUUCUGGAAAGGAAGAAGCUGAAUUUUAUGGAGUUUCGUGUUCUUUCUCAUUUAAGUAUCUGAUAUUAGAAGCCCAAUUUGGAAAAGUUUUAACAGCUUGCCCUUAAUAUGUUUUAAAAGCCAUACGUUAUGAAGUUACCCGAGAGCAUACCUCUGAUCUGAUGAAGUGAGUUUGGGUUUUUGCAGGUGAUUCUAAAACUUAACAGAAUAGAAAGCAUUACUUACUUUUAGCAAUCCCUAUCCUAUAAUACAUGGCUUUAAAAAAAUCUUAAACUGACUUUAAGAGAAAUAAAAUGUAAUCAGCCUGGGCAUGGUGUGGUACAUGCCAGAAAUCCCUGAACCGAAGUGUAGACAGAAGAUCAGAAAUCAACAUCCUCCUUGGCUGCAUAGCAGACUCCAGGCUAGCCUGGGCUACCUGCGUCCACUACAUAGCAGACUCCAGGCUAGCCUGGGCUGCCUGCGUCCACUACAUAGCAAACUCCAGGCUAGCCUGGGCUGCCUGCGUCCCUAAGAAAAUUAAAGUGUACUUAAGGUUAGUAGUACUAAAAGACUUGUCCUAGGUAGGUAUCGUGGAGGCAGUGGCAGUCCCAGUACCUGAGAAGUAUACACAGAAGAACCAGCCUGAGCUAUGUAGACCCUUGUCUCUGCACAAGGAGACACAGCUCCACAGAAUGCUGCAAGGCUUCCGGAGAACUGCACGAACCUGUCAUUGGUGUCGUACUGAGCAGUGCCUUGUGUUCUAUGAAACCAAGCAGCUCCACAUGCCAGUUUUAUCGUAAAAUUUUUAGUAAAAAAUAGAAGUCUGCAUUUGUGCUCAUGGGCCCAGGAGUGGAAUGAGCAAUUUCUCUUGGCUCCAGUCCCCUUGAAACUGAUGAAAUUUGAAUUUCUGCCACUAAGCAGUAUUUGGCCAUCGCCCUUCUGAGUACCAAAUGGCUGACAGAAAUGUCAAAUGGGGUUGCACUGUGUGUCACCCUUGGAUUGGCCUAACCCUUCCUGACAAAAGCAGAUAACAUAUGCAGAUUUAAGACGCUAGAUUUGCAGUUAGCCCUGCCCCAAUUCAUAACUUGAGAAUUUUGUGUUAAGUGUUAUUUGUACCUUAUAUUUAAAGUAAAAUGUUUUUAUGGGUAGCCCUUCCUUUCUUUGAAUAAACUGUUAUGAAGAGAGCUUUUAUAGUUAAAUCCAUCUUGAGAAAAUUAGAGGAAAUAGCAAGACAUUCGUUGUGUUGACCGUAACUUAGAAGUCACGUAAACUAGUAUUUUGAAACUUUACAUUCCUUUUUAACCCAUUUGGUGGAGAAUAUCAAACUUUCUCCCAACUUGUAUGUUAAGUCAAUCCUAAUAUGUACUCAGCAUCAAAGAUAACAUGUAAUAAACAUGGAAAUAAAGUUUAGUUCUGUUAGUGAAAUGUUAAA